UUACAACGCCACCGCAUGAUGUAAUACUAUUCCCGGCAGACUCGGCGGCGAUCAGAGCGAUCGGCGGUCAAAACCGGCGGUGACCCUGCGAAGCUCCAGAAGCUCUCCUUCAACAUUUUGUUUCUCAUUCCCCGGCCAGCUUUGAAAUAACUUCCCUUGCUCUCCCUCCCCUUUUUCUACCCUCUUCUCCUUCUUCUUCCUCUCCUCCUCUCCUUUCUCCUUCAUCCUCCCAUACACAAUGGGUCCCCUCAAGCUUAACACGGCGAAUUUGUCGCAAAUCGUGGCGGCAGGUGCCGGCCGCGUUAAGGUCCCGACUUAUCGCCGCGGUCCUGCCCUCAAGGAAGGAAUUGUCCAUGUCGGCGUGGGCGGUUUCCAUCGCGCGCACCUGGCGGUUUACGUUGACCAGCUGAUGCAGAACCAUGGCGUGACAGACUACGCUAUCUGCGGUGUUGGCCUUCAGCCCUUCGAUUCCACCAUGCGUGAUGCCCUGGGUUCCCAGGACAACCUCUACACCGUCAUUGAACGCUCGGCUAAGGGCAGCUUUGCCAAUGUCAUUGGCAGCAUCAAUUCCUACCUCUUUGCUCCUGAUGAUCGCGAAGCCGUCAUUGCUAAGAUGGCGCACCCGGAUACCCGCAUCGUGUCUCUCACCAUCACUGAGAGCGGUUACUACUACAACGAGAACACCCACGAGCUCCAGAGUGAGCACCCGGACAUUCAAUUCGACUUGGACCCCGCCAACGAAAAGGCCCCCCGUACUACCUUCGGUUUCCUCUACGCUGCCCUCGCCCGCCGUCACCAGCAAGGUCUUAUGCCCUUCACCGUCAUGUCCUGCGAUAACAUGCAGAAGAAUGGUUCCAUCACCCGUCACAUGCUCGAGUCUUUCGCCCGUCUCCGCAACCCCGAAGUCGCUCAAUGGAUUACUGAUAAAGGUGCUUUCCCCAACGCUAUGGUCGACCGUAUCACGCCUCAGACGUCUCCCGCCGAUAAGGAGUCCCUCGCAAACACCAUGGGUAUCGAGGAUUCCUGGCCCGUCGUCACCGAACCGUUCAUGCAGUGGGUCAUUGAAGAUCAGUUCUCCGACGGUCGCCCGCCCUUCGAGAAGGUCGGCGUCCAAGUGGUCAAGGACGUGCACGCGGUCGAAGAGUUCGAGAAGCACAAGCUCCGUCUUCUGAACGGCAGUCACUCUGCCAUUGGAUAUCCCGGUCAGAUGGCCGGCUUCAACUACGUCCACGAGGUCUUGGAAAACCCGGAUUUCAACAAGUUCGUCUGGCAGAUGAUGCAGGAAGAGGUCAAACCGUCCUUGCCUGAGAUCCCCGGUGUCAACAUCGAUGAGUACUGCAAGACCCUCAUGGAACGUUUCUCCAACCCCACCAUCAUGGACCAGCUGCCUCGUAUCUGUCUCAACGCAUCCGGCAAGAUCCCCCAGUUCAUCAUGCCCUCGAUUGCCGAGGCCAUCUGGGUGAAUGGCCCCCUCCGCCGUCUGGCCUUCGUCGCUGCUGCUUGGUUCCGCUACAUCAAUGGUGUUGAUGACAAGGGUAACACCUUCGCCGUCGAGGACCCCAUGCGUGAGGAGCUCCAGGCCAAGGCCCGUGCUGGUGGUACUAAGCCCUCCGAGCUGCUGAGCAUCACGAGUCUGUUCGGUGACGAUCUGCGUAACGACAAGCGCUUCAUGCAGGAGAUCACCAAUGCUAUGGAGGACAUUGCUCGGGACGGCAUCUUGAAGACGCUUCCCAAGUACAUUAAUUAAUCGCUUUUAAAUCGAAGCGGUGUAAUUAAUCUCCUUGCCGGUGUUGAAUUUUUCUACGAUUAGGGAAUGUUUGGGACUGCAAGCGAUAUUUAUACUUUUUCUUGGUUUACAUGUGUCAUGCGGGUGCG